AUGCCGAUUCAAGAGAUUAAAAGUGGCGAGGAGGUCGCUGCCUUCAUCAAGGAUCCGUCACCUGCCGUACUUCACUUCUACGCCUCGUGGGCUCCGAGUUGCGAUCAAGUCAACGAUCUGCUCGAUGAUCUCGUUGCUGAAAUCGCCUUGCCCCUUCGUGCCGCCUACAUUGAUGCUGAAGCUCUUCCAGGAAUCUCAUUGAACUUCAAAAUCACUGCUGCUCCAACUCUCGUCUUUUUCAGUAAUGGAAAGGAAGUGGACCGAGUCGAUGGAUUCGUUCCAAAAGAGAUUCAAUCGAAAGUUGUGCUCACUGCUAGUCGUUCGCUUUCUCAGAAUUCGUCAUCUGACUCCAGUUCAACUUUAUCUUCUACUCAAUCUCUGACUCCAGAACAAGAAAAAGAGGCUUUGAAUGCUCGAUUGAAGUCCUUGGUUUCCUCGAAUAAAGUAAUGCUUUUCAUGAAAGGAAACCCUGCUUCGCCACGUUGCGGAUUCUCCAGAACCAUUGUGGACUUGCUCAAUUCCCACAACAUCGAAUUCGGCUCUUUUGACAUCUUUUCGGAUGAAGCUGUUCGUCAAGGGCUCAAGGAAUACUCUAAUUGGCCGACUUACCCACAGCUAUAUUUGGAUGGAGAGCUUGUCGGAGGACUCGAUGUCGUCAAGGAGGAAUUCCAAGAUCAAGGAUUUAUUGACGCUCUUCCAAAAGUUGGAGGAUCAGCUUCAAAUGGGAAAGAUGAUUUGGAGAAAAGAUUGAAAGUGUUGGUAUCAUCUCAUCGAAUGAUGUUAUUCAUGAAGGGUAAUCGAGAUACUCCAAAAUGCGGAUUCUCUCGAACUAUCAUUGAGCUAUUGAACAAUGCUCGCGCCGAUUAUCAAACUUUUGACAUUCUCGAAGAUGAAGAAGUUAGACAGGGACUCAAGGAGUUCUCAAACUGGCCGACCUAUCCGCAGCUUUAUCUUGAUGGAGAGCUUAUUGGAGGACUCGAUGUCGUCAAGGAAGAACUCCUGGACACCCAUUUCCUUCGUCAAAUUCCGAGAAUUCGGAAUGAAUAA